AAGUUGGACUGGCUGUUCUUUUGCAAAACUUUCAGCUGAUAAUGAAAUUAUUCCUUUCCUGCUUUUCUGCGUUUGUACGCACUUCAGCCAACAAAGAUUUCUGUUGCUACCAUGAUUCUUAAAUUGGGUGUAAUGACUUUUCUAGCUAUAAUAUCAAGUACGACCCUAAUUGAUUGUAGAGAGGUUGUGCAUGGUCAACCAGAGGAAUAUCCAGUGUCUCUUGUAGUACAGUCUUUAGAAAGGGUUCUUAAAGCUCUUGAGAAGCUUCUUGUGUUUUAUAAACGGCAAUACAAGAAUUUAAUUAUAGACGGCGUGUAUGGACUGAGGAUGCUACAAGGUGCGGUGAAUGUAAUUCUACAGGAAAAUAAAAUUGGACAGAUCCAUAUUCCAAUUGAAAAACAAAAAAGAAUCUUAAAACUAGCUGUUGUUGCUUCAAACAUUGCAAGAAAAACAUAUCCUUACCUAAAGAAAUUUGAUGAGAAUUACUUUGAAAUGAUGGGAUUUACUGUCAUGGAACCCUGGAAAAAUAUUCAACCUUUUAAAAAGUUAAAUCUUCACCGCUCUGAUAAUCCAACAUCAGCUUCAGAUGAUGACGAUGGAUAUGAAAUGGAGGAAGACAAGCAGGACAGGUGCUUUAAUGCUCUUGUUGGUGAUACCAAGAAGGGCAUAAAACCAUGUUCUAUAUCURAUAUUUGCUGGAAGGUCAAUACAAAACCUAAUCAAAAAUCCUAUACACUUACUCAUCAACURCUGUUCUUCAUGCUGGGGCAAGUAAAAGGUUGCUCAAAAGUUUUUGAUUCAAGGUUUAAAGCAGAUGGGUAUGAUGGAGGAAUAGAAAGGUUUUUUGCAACAAGUUGCCAUGCUAUGUACCCCGAGAUGAUAGAUCAAGAAAAGAUUGCAAUCAAGAAAAAACGUCUUGGUGAAAUCGACUUGUAUAUGGAGCAAKGYGUUAUAUGUGGGAUGAUUGGUUAUACAGACUUUUUCAGYUUAGAAAGACUUAACUAUAUUCUAGGUUGGAGACACAAAGAUGGYUGUUUCGGCUUUACUGAUGAGAUUGGAGGGAAGGAAGAUGAUGAAGAUAGCUAUGGUGAUAAAGAAGGCAUGACAACUAUGAGAAAGCUGACUGUUACAAGAGAUCUUGAAGGUGGUUGUGAAGUGCAUGCUACAGGAGUAGGAACUGGUCUUUUGGCCUUGUAUCUUCGUUGGCUUCUUCACCUCUCCUUCAGACUAUCUAAUACAAGGCAAGACGCUGUACAGCAUCAUCACAGUCACCAUAGCGAUAAUUCAAAGAUUGCAUUUUUAUUGAUAGCUGCAGUCAUCAUUAUUUUUAUGUUAUUUUCUAGGAAAUUUGGUUUUCGUUUGCAUAGGAAAAAAUUAAUAAGAAAUGUUUGUCCAUUCAGGAGGAAUUCAAAGUCUUGGUUACAACACAAAAGGCGUUUAGAACAGAUGAUGCGUUUUGUUUGGUCCGUAUUCCUGAUUUUACUAUGGGCUGGUGACUCUAACGGUUCUAAAUCUUUAAACGUUAACAAAGACGUGCUGARUCGACUUUUGAACGCUCUGGAGAAGGUCUAUGACUUUUUUGAAUCGGAAUACAAAGAUGUGAAUUUGGAUGGAAUUUAUGGUCUUCGAGUUUCUGAAGGUGCUCUUCUCAAGAUUCUAAAUGAACAAAACUCAGGGAGAUUAAACCUCAGCAGAUCUCUAAUAGCAAGAAUAUUUGAACUUGAGAAAAAAGCUUCAAAGACAGCCAAUAGAUCUUUACCUCAUCUCAAGCAGUCCAACCCUAUUUACUACAAAAAGUUUGCAACAGCUGUAACCAAACCAUGGGAAAACUUUAAACCUUUUAAAAGGCUUGAUUACUCAUUUUAUGUCCCUGUAAACAAGAGAAGUCAGAUAAGUUUUGAUGAGGAUACAAGUGAUCAAUGUAUGACAGAAAUGACUGGAACUGGUGAACAUAUCCAACAACCAUGUCAGUUAUCAAGUCACUGCUGGGAUUUGAUGAUGGCCAAKGGUGCUCAUGGGUAUGCACUUACCCAUCAGGCUUUGUUCCUGUUGAUUGGAGAAGUUCAAGGAUGUAAGAAAGCAAUGCUAGACAAAUUACAAACAGAAAAAGGUGUGAUAAGUCUGCAACAAGUGUACGAUAGAAUAUGUGCAAGUAUGUAUCCUCAAAUGGUGGAGUUUGAAAAGUCACGUAGAAAAAAUGCMCCACAAUAUGAAAGAGAUUUGUAUAUGGAGCAGGCCAUGGUUUGUGGAAGUAUGGGCUAUUAUGAAUUCCUAUCUCUCAAAAGACUCAACAUGAUAUUACAGUGGCAAAGAAAAAAUGGUUGUUUUGGUGGAUCAGAGGAWGAUGAUUUAUCAAGGAGGACACUUCCUAAAGCUAAUCAAAAGACUGAUUUGGAAGAGACACAAUAUGAUGCUAUGAAGGGGUAUGAUUUCAAAUAUGGCRCAAAUUCAAGGAAACUAAUGGGCAUGAGAACAAUGAGGUCACUACUUGUGGAGAAAGCACUUAGUGGGGGGUGCAUGUCUCAUAUCACUGGUGUUGCGACUGGACUUCUUGGUGUGUAUCUCAGAUGGGCAGUACAUUUAAUGUAUCCAUCAAAAAAAUUUCAGACUACCAAGAAAAUGACYAAGGAUUUACACGAACAAACACACCAUAUGGUACAGAGAAAAGUGAUGCAGAAUGAACCACUUGUUGCUAUACACAAACAGCAUGAAUAUCACAAAAUGACUACAACACCAGCAUACGUUGUUCUUGUAGGAUUUGUUCUUUUGUGGAUAUUUUGCCAUCAAUUCAUUAUUAAGCAGUCAAGUGAUUUUUUAAGGAUUCUAGCAGGAUUUUGCAGAAAAACCGAAUCUAGGAUUUGGGACAGAGAAGCUGUUCAGAAAAGGAACAUUUGAGAUUUUAUUGUAUCAAAUGACUAWAUUAGAUGAUUUGAUAAUCAUUUGUGGACUAACCUUAUAAUUCUUAGUACUCAGAAAGUUGUGAUAAAGGUAAUAAAGUUGAUGAAAAGGGGAAAGUUUGUUAGCGAAUGAUAC